AACAACUUCCAACCACUCUCAUCGAUGGCCACCUCCUCCUACUCAGACCAGAAGAUACCCAUCCAACGGAAGAACACAUCCCAAUACUCGGAACACUCUCACUACCAAGUCGAGCCGGAGAAAAACCGGAUCCUGCAUCCUCAUCCUCCGCCUCCUCCCCACUGGGAAGAUAAAAGGAACGCGCAUAUUAAUCAUAGGGUCGCAAGUCAUCCUACUCGUCCAAUUCCUAGAUAUGAACCACCACUACUAAUAGAUGAUCUCCGAGAACUAGUACCAUUACUAAUAUACACGCUGCUAUCCCUAGCGACUCGACUAUACAAGAUAGGGGGGAUAGACACGGUAGUAUGGGACGAAGCCCAUUUCGGGAAAUUCGGAGCGUAUUAUCUGAACCAGACCUUUUACUUUGAUGUUCAUCCACCCUUGGCGAAGAUGAUGGUAGGCUUGGCGGGUGUGUUGAGCGGAUUCGACGGCACAUACGAUUUCCCUUCCGGCCAGGUUUACCCCAAACACGUCCCGUUCACAUCUAUGCGCAUCCUACUCGCCCUUCCUGGCGUCGCUCUCGUCCCGAUCGCCUGGGCUACUGCACUCGAAUUGGGAUUCUCUGAGUACUCGAGACAUAUCGUCACUAUCAUGGUCCUUUCUGACAUCGCAUUUACCGCCAUCUCACGAUUCAUCCUUCUGGAUUCAACCCUACUAUUUUUCACCUUCAUAACGGUGUACUGUUUGGCAUGUUUCCACAACCAAAGAAGAUAUCCGUUUGAUUUUGAAUGGUGGUUUUGGCUGGCCAUGACAGGGCUCUCAAUCGGCUGUGUAACAAGUGUGAAAUGGAUCGGCUUGUUUGUCACGGUCCUUGUUGGGGCCCACACAGCCGACGAACUUUGGGAGAAAUUCGGCGACCUUAGGAUGCCAAUCAGGACCUAUCUCAAACAUUGGGCAGCUAGAAUAGUCUGCUUGAUAGUCUUGCCAAUCCUAGUCUACAUGUCAUUUUUCAAGAUCCAUUUUAUGAUCUUGAAUAGGUCUGGUCCGGGAGACGCUCAGAUGAGCUCAUUAUUCCAAGCCAAUCUGGUUGGAAAUGAUUUCGCGCGUAGUCCACUUGAAAUUGCAAUUGGCUCACGGGUGACGAUCAAAAAUAUGGGUUUUGGCGGUGGGCUACUACAUUCACAUGUUCAGACCUAUCCGACAGGCUCCCAGCAACAACAAGUGACAUGUUACCAUUACCGUGAUAUGAACAAUGACUGGAUGGUGACGCCUCUACUACAUGAGCCGGCCUAUAACGAGUCUCAGCCCAUCAAGUUCUUGAAGCACGGGAGUGUGAUCCGACUGGUCCAUGUUCUGACGGGCAGGAACCUACACACACAUACGAUCCCAGCACCGAUCACGACGCUUAAUCACGAGGUGGCUGGUUACGGCAAUGCGACGAUUGACGAUAGUAGCUCGUAUUGGCUGAUCGAAGUCGUCGACGACAUGAUUCGUGGCAAGAGGAAAAACUUCGAGAAUAUCAACAUCCUCUCCACUCGCUUUCGAAUCCGCAAUCUCAACCUCGGCUGUUAUUUGAGAGCCGCUAACGCCGUCUUGCCUCAAUGGGGUUUCAAACAAGUCGAAGUAUCUUGUGAUAAACAAAACGAUCCAAACGAUCAUCACACUUAUUGGAACGUUGAAAGUCAUAUCAAUCCUCGUCUUCCUGAAGGGGAUAUGAAACUGAUGAGAUCGCCCUUCUUGAAGGAUUUCUGGCACUUGAAUGUGGCGAUGAUGACGUCGAACAAUGCGCUGAUACCGGACCCGGACAAGGAAGAUGCGACGGCGUCGACGCCGUUGGAGUGGCCAUUCGUGUACACGGGCAUGCGGAUGAACGCCUGGAUCGAUAAUGGGAUCAAGUUCUAUCUGAUCGGCAAUCCGCUCACCUGGUGGCUCUCUACCUCUGCCUUGGUCGUCUAUUGCCUCUCCUUGGUCUGGUAUCUUGGUAGGUACAAGAGACAAAUUAAUGAUCUGUCGCCCAUCGAAUGGAGACGGUUCAUCUAUGGCGGCAAAGUCGCACUCGGUGGUUGGAUCUUACAUUACGCUCCAUUCUUGUUUAUGGGACGGGUGACUUAUCUGCACCAUUACUUCCCCGCACUAUGGUUCUCGAUCUUGAUGUUCGGCUUGAUCGUCGACCAUUUCAUCUUUAAAGCUAAGACGAGCAGGUUUAUUCGCUUGACUAAGCUCAACAAAAUCGCGAUCUGCUCCACCCUUUGUGUUGCCAUCAUGCUCACCGGGAUCUGGUUCAAAGAUUGCGCUUGGGGAAUCAGCGGUCCUAUCCAUCUUUAUAAGUAUCGUCAAUGGAGAAAAUCAUGGAGUAUUUAUGACGACCAUACGACCAAAUGAUCAACAAGCUAUGAGUAUAUCUACGCAGAAACGUUUAAAUAUACUUCAAACAGUCACUCUCGAACAUGUGUUCGAGACACAUUGAUCUAUCCAGAAGAAAACCCGGUCAAACCUCCUCCUCCUUGACCAUUUAUUAAAAUCUAGACCGUCGUCGUGGUUUUGGGUCCAGAAUUGACUUUAUUGACCCUACGAAGAAUUGAAAAAAGUCACCUUGUAUUACAUACUCUUUAUGAUAUAUAUACUACAUACACAUUUUAGAAUAAACAACCAGAAGCAAUGUUCAACAACAUAACAUAAGAGAACCUUGGGUUGAGUAAACAAUACAAUUGUGUAAUACUGCUGCUACAUAGUCCACUUUUACUUAAUUACCAUACCUAAUUUGAAGAAAAUGUGAUGUAGCUGGUCGUUGAUCAUGAG